AUGCAAGUCGUGAGCAGUUUGUGGAACGGUGAGGAAUGGGCAACCGAAGGUGGUAAGGCCAAGAUCAAUUGGACCAAUGCUCCAUUUAAAGCUCAUUUUCAAGGCUUUUCUGAAUCUGGUUGUCAUGGAGAUAGUCCUCAUAUUUGUGGAUCAUCAAUAUAUUGGUGGAAUAACGGAAGGUAUGUUGGCUUAAGCGUAUCCGAUCGGAAGUCUUACGAAAAUGCAAGAGUCAAAUGCAUGAAUUACGUCUAUUGUUCUGAUCAGACUAGAUUUUCUGUUCGUCCCGAAGAAUGUCAAUGGAAUCAGUGA